GACAUUGAAAAUGCAUUGUUGGGUCAGUCCUUGUAGAAACUAUGCUCACUUUGAGAUGGAUGUCCUUAUGGCUCAAUAAAGAGAUGGCAUCGGCCUCAUUAUGUAUCAAACUCCCCACUACAAUUGCUGGGAUUAUUGGCUGUCUCUAUGUCAAGAAUGGAUAAGGAUUAGCUGGAUUGUCUUUUACAUUAUUUACGGUAUUUUUAGCUCUAUCCUAGCCAAGCACAUUAUUUCCCAGCAUUAAUGAUUAUCAUGUGUGCAGAAUUAUCGCUUGCUGUUCUAGACAAGGUUAUGGUUUUUGUCGUUUUACCUAGUGACAUGUUGUAAGUACUGAUUGUAAGGAUAACAGAAUUAGUCAUUUUGGAAAAUCCUAGUAAAUUUAUUAAGUUUACAGUCAUCUAUAACAGCAAAGCAAAAGUUCUGUCUAUCCUGCGUUUAUUUUUGUUUAGUUCUUUAAAUUUGUCUAUGAAUUAUGUUCUCCACUACAAAAAAUGCCAGGGUUGAUGGGUUGUAAAGGCACAUGGAUACAUUUAAAUUAGGAUGCUGCAGUCCUGUUCCUCAUACAUAGCUCCAUCCUUUUGAGUUUGCAGCAAAGCUAGCUGUUGAUGUUUUCACUUUGCUAUUAUCAGAGAAAUCGUCAUGGCUGUCACCCGAGUGAUUAGGAAGAAGCUUCCAUGAUUAACAUACUGAUUGUUGUUUUUACCUCUCAAAGUCAUUGUGAUUGGGGGGUAGAAUUGAAUGGUUUGUCAUUGGAUUAUACAAAACUUUUCUUAGUCUAUAAAAUGCCGCUUUUCUUUUGGCCUUUGCUUUGGUGCUCUGCAAGAAAAAACAAAGUUAUAAAGCAAAGAAGAGAAGCAGGAAGAGAGGAAAUGGGUGUUCUGAGUAACUCUCCGAGAAGAAAGGAUUCCCCCAAAGCACCUCCAAAGAAAAAAUCCACCACGUUGCAGUACCUGUUUGAUCUGGAUUCCAGGAAUUACAAUGCAAACAGGCUUUCAAGUCCUGUGAGGCAAUCUUCUUUGGAGUCUGAAUAUGAAGAAAUGCACUCUGCAAUCUCCUACUGCAACUGCAUCUUCACUUUUACUGAUCCUUGGGAGUCUCCUUCCCAGCAAGAUCUCAAGCGGCAAAAGCUCAAUCAAAUCCUUUCCAUGGUAAAAUCUUCCAAAAGGUCAGUGGAUGAAUAUCUUCUGCCUCAUCUCAUGAUUAUGAUAUCAACUAAUCUCUUCAGGCCACUCCCUCCACCUUCCAACACCUACAACAUCAUUGACCUUCCUGAUGAUGAAGAACAACUUUCCAGCUAUUCACCAGCAUGGCCGCACUUGCAGAUUGUAUAUGACAUCCUUCUUGGGCUUGUCCUUAACAUAGAACCUAAAAUUCUCCGUGAUUACAUUGACCACCAUUUCCUUCUCAACCUUCUCUCCCUUUUUCAGUCUGAAGACCCUAGAGAACGCGAGAGCUUACAGAAUGUCUUCCACCGGAUAUAUUCCAGGUUCACCUUUUACCGACUCUUCAUGAGAAAAGCAAUGAAUGAUGUUUUCUUGCACCAUACUUUCGAGACAGAAAGGCACUGUGGGAUAUCUGAUCUGCUUGAGAUAUGGGGGAGUAUCAUCAAUGGCUUUGCAGUUCCUCUAAAGGAGGAGCACAAGUUGUUCCUUAUGAGAGUGCUCAUCCCAUUGCACAAGGCAAAAGGAUUGCAACUUUACCACAGACAGCUUUCUUACUGUGUUUGUCAGUUCGUGCAGAAAGAACCUGCCCUCGGUGGGGUUGUUGUUAGAAGAAUUCUGAAAUAUUGGCCUGUUACCAACUGUCAAAAAGAGGUUGUGCUCAUUGGGGAGCUCGAAGAACUUGUGGAGAACAUAGAUCCCAAUCAUUACCGGCAACUGGCUCUUCCUUUAUGUACUCGGAUAACACGAUGUUUAACCAGCUCCAACUCACAGGUCGCGGAGCGUGCGCUAUAUGUAUGGAACAAUGAGGCUUUUAUGAAGAUGGUAUUAGAAGCAUUAGAAGACGUGUUUCCGGUACUCGUCGAAGGCAUGGAGAAGAACCUAAGGAUGCACUGGAGCAAGAGUGUGAGGCAGCUGACAGAGAACGUCAGGGCAAUGCUAGAAGAAAUGGCUCCAAAUCUAUACUACAAGUGCCUUGAGGAUAUGGAUGUUCGGGAAUCCGAGGCUCGUAGGGAGAUGAUGGAGAGGAAGGAGAGAUGGGAAAGAAUAGAACUGGCGGCAGCAGCAGCUGAGCAGAUGAAGAAAAUCGGUUCUCCCGACCACCACAAUUUUCAAGUGUGACAUCUUGUGCUGGCAAUGAAUUUCAGAAGUAGUUUAGGGUGUGAAUAAAAUAUGUUAUCCAAUAUCUAUACCACGUUGCCAGCCACCAAGAGCAGCGAUGUUUCAGAACUUGGGAAUGGAUAAUUGGCGGAAGGGACAAUGAAAUUUCAUCAACAAC